AAGAAUCCCUCCCUAAUCCCUAUUAUUGAAGGAGAUUAAAAAGAGAAAGAAAGAGGAAGAACUAAGAAAAAGAAUGGCGAGUGGAGGAGGAGCAGCAGCAGGAGGCAAGGUGUCGUUCAAGAUUACACUGACUUCGGAUCCAAAACUUCCAUUCAAAGUAUUUUGUGUGCCUGAAGCCGCACCUUUCACCGCCGUUCUCAAAUUCGCCGCCGAGGAAUUUAAGGUGCCUCCUCAGACCAGCGCUAUCAUCACUGAUGAUGGCGUUGGUAUUAAUCCUCAGCAAAGUGCAGGUAAUGUCUUCCUCAAGCAUGGGUCUGAAUUGCGGCUGAUUCCCCGCGAUAGAGUUGGUGCUUUGGAGACUUCCUUUUAGAUGAUCUUGUCAUAAGAAUUCACAAUUUGGCUAUUUUCUCAAUGUACUUGUUUAUGGUUUUUGAUGUAAAAAGCCAAGGCCUAAUAGGACUUGUAAGUUCUACAACGUGCAAUAUCUAAACUGUAAUAAUAUUAGUGACUAGUGCCUGCUGAUCUGAAAAAGUAAAUCAAUAACGAAGGUAAUGGUCCAUGAUCCAAGUUAUUACGUGUGUUUUGAAGAUCUUUGAAGAAAUGGAGUUUUGUGGAAUUUGGACGAAGUUUACUUUGCCAUUUAAUAUUAUUGUUUAUU